AUGAACGACCGCCUCGCAGAGCUCACGGGCAAGAGCUCGGAUGUGACGAUCGACGUCUCCGAGGCCUCGAGCACGACCGAGAUCACGCGGCCCAAGUUUAUGGAAAAGUUCUUUGUCGACGUCGAAGACAUGCAGGCUGACCUGAGCAAGAUCGGGCUCGCGACCGACCGCAUUGGCGAGCUUAACCACCAAGCCUUGCUGGCGACUGCCGCCGGCGAAGAGCAGACGAUUAGCCAGGAGCUGUGCUUGGUCAUCGACAACAGCAACAAGAUUGCUGCCCACGCCAAGGGCAUGCUCGAGCUCAUCAAGAAAGAGUCGGUCGAGAAGAAGAAGGACAAGACGGUCGCGGCCUCGGAGAUCCGGAUUCGAGACAACAUGUCGACGACGCUCACGCGCAAGUUUAUGGACACCAUGAAGGAGUACCAAAAAGCUCAGCAAAAAUUCAAAGCCGACAUGAAGAACAAGGUCAAGCGGCAAGUGCAGAUCGUCAAGCCAGAUGCGUCCGAACAAGAAAUCGAUAUGGUCAUGCGGUCGGCCGACCCAGGGGCGAUCUACCGCAGUGCGAUCCUGCAAGGGAGCGCCGAGAGCAUCAAGGAGGUGUACAUGAACUGCCACGACAAGUACCAAGAUGUGCUCAAGCUCGAGCAAAGUGUGGCCGAGCUGCACCAAAUGUUCCUCGACCUCGCGCUCCUCGUCGAGCAGCAAGGCGAGAUGCUCGACCAGAUCGAGUUUCAAGUCAAAGCGGCCUCCAACUACAUUGAGGCUGGCAACAAGGAAGUGUCGAAAGCGAUCCAGACCCAGAAGAGCAUGCGGAAGAAGCAGUGCUGCCUUCUCGUGUUUGGGCUUGUCCUCAUCCUCAUAGCGGUCGUUGCUGCCGGUGGCUUCAAGUAG